AUGUAUAUUCAACUUUGGGAAAGGGCUAUAUCUACUUUGGAUCGUUUCAAACAAACAGAAUCAAAUCCAGAAACUAACAAUAAUAAUCGCUUGAAAAGGCAACAAGCUGUUUAUAGGCCUAUUUUGGCUAGGCAAAAAAAUAUUGAGAAUAUUUAUAUUUUAAAAGAAUUUUUUAGAUGUGUUUGUACACAUUAUGAUGAUCAAUGUGUUCCACAACAAUAUUUUCCUGAUGAACAUAAUAAAAAUUCUUCUGUUUGUCUUUGCUAUGAAGAUCAACAAACGGGGGAUAUAUGGCCCUGUUAUGCUCAUUUUGUUUGGAAACAAAAACAUUGUUCUUUUUGUUCUCAUUCAAAUACUUGUGACGAUCCAGACCUUCCAAAUAAUAAAACUAAUAUUAAAUUAACUUCACCAUCAAUUCCCUGUCUUUGCCAGCCAAUCUCUCAUUAUUGUAUUAAAGAUAGCAGAAAAUUAGGGCAGGAUUUUAAAUGGUGGAAUCCACACAAUUAUACAAUAUAUCCAUUUACAACACGCCCACCACCUUCAGAAUUGGAAGAAGCUUUUGGACUUGAAGAUUUAAAAGAUCGAGGCGCCAUCACUACUCGAACAAAAGAAAAUUUAAUUUUUCUUGUCGCUGGAAUGUCUCGACAAAUAAGGCAAAGUUUAAGUUAUACUUUACAUGAAUUUGUACUUCGAUGCUCUUUUAACAGUAAAGAUUGUGAUUUAAAUAGGGAUUUUCAAAUCCAAAUAGAUCCAGAGUAUGGAAAUUGUUGGACUUUUAAUUUUAAUGAUUCUGUUGAGUUAAAAAAUUCCCGUGCAGGUCCUAUGUAUGGACUUAGGCUUUUACUUAAUGUAAAUCAAAGUGAUUAUAUGCCUACAACUGAGGCUGCUGGAGUUAGAAUUGUUGUACACGAACAAGACCAAGAACCUUUUCCCGAUACUUUCGGUUACUCAGCCCCAACCGGUUUUGUCUCCUCGUUUGGAUUAAAAACAAAAAUUCUCCAUCGUUUGGAUGCUCCAUAUGGAAAAUGUUCUGACACUUUUCGACCUGCUGGAUAUAUUUAUGCUGAACAUUAUUCUCCUGAACAUAUAAUUUUGGAACGUUGUGGGUGUGGAGAUCCUCACCGUCCUUGUGAUGCCCGCAACCCGAAAGAACGUGCUUGUUUGUCUAAUCAAACGGCUGUCUUGGGAGGCUUCCAUCAUUUAACACAUGACUGUCAUUGUGUACAGCCUUGCACUGCAGCUUCUUGGCCAGCCCAAAAUUUUAAUAUUGGACAAGAUGAUUGUGCUUUAGUUUUGGGGAAUAAUUUUACGAUGGCUUCUUGCACUGAAUAUUAUCGAAAAAACACUGCUUAUAUAGAAAUUUAUUAUGAGCAAUUGAACUAUGAGAAACUUAAAGAAACACCUGGAUAUACGGCUAGUUUUUUAAACCUUUUAGUCAAUUUAUUUUCUGAUCUCGGAGGGAAUAUCGGUCUUUGGAUUGGAUUUUCAUUAAUUACUGUCCUCGAAAUUGUCGAACUUGUAUUUGAAUGUUUUGCUUAUGGGUGUAAACAAUGUAUUUAUCGACCAUUACAACGCAAAGCACAAAUGAGACGUAAUAGAAGGCAAAGUUUGAAUGAAGAGAAUUUAAAUGGAGAAAUUGAACAAAAGGAAGGGUUUAGGUUAGAUUUAAAAGGAUGUAAAGCAGGGCUAGACGAAAUCUAA